GCAGUGUUCGGAUAUAUUCACAAAGCAGAGUUUCAUUCUGUCUGUCGGCGAGGGUACACGCGUUCGUCGUUUGCUGGCGCUCAAGUCUUUCGUUUCUGCUCGCUUGUCCGUCUACGAUCGGCUGACAUUUACUGGAGAAAAAGGUUCUUUCUCAAGCGUACAAACAAUACCUCAUUUAACGUGUGUGAUCACACCCAACACAACCGGUUACCAUCAUGGGCAAGGUCGUGGUACUAGUUCUCAGCAUCAUUAUCGGUCUAGCUACCCAGCAGGCGAUGGCAAAGGAAAAACACAUCAAGUACACCGAAAAAGAUCUGCUACGAAAGUCGAUCGUGUACGACAAAAACACACCCGAUGUCUUCUACUGCCCCGUGAACAAACCCACCGGAAUGGAUAAGAUGAUCGUGAGGUCUCGUCCGCUUCACAAGCUCUGCGAGCACGAGGGAAAACCGCUGCCAGCGCAUUACAAAUCUGACUGCUACAAUGAUGUCGACGAGUCGAACUACGCAUGCAAGGAGAAGUACAGAAUAAUGAAACGUUUCGCCAAAGAUAAUGUUGAGAUCUAAACAGACAUCCUCGGUCAUAUGAUCUCCGACUUCGAAUUUCUCGUGCGAGCGAUUACAAUGACUUAACGUUCUGACUUUACUUGCGCUACUGAAGUUUUACUAGAAAUUGUUACAAACUGCAUAGAACUUUGGAACGAUUUUUAUACUUAAUUUCUUUCUUUGAAUUCUAUCCUUUCCAAUUCCUGCCAUAGAACGUAUCCCCUUUUGGAGUACGAUUGUCUAGACUUAUCAUUAACAGUUGCUUCCAUUGUGUUCUUCCAAGCUUUACUUGGCCUAGUCCAAGUUUCCAAGUGUUUUAGCCUAUUUUUAACCAUUUACACAUUAAUACCAAAUCAUAAAGUAAGACGACAUGUGGUAUUUAAAGAAAAAUGCACUAUCUACAUUAAACAAUAACUUUUACUUCAUCGGUUACCAAAUAACGAGGAAAUGGGCUUUCGUUGUUUAAAAGAAAACGAAAAAGAACAGAAAGAUGUAUCAUCAACAACAUUCCAUGUACUUUGAAUAACAAGGUCAACUGAUCCGUAUAUCCUUAUUAAUGGUGAAGGUAGAGGACAGUGGAAGUGGAUGGGCUAUCUCUUUUACUAACCAUCGUUAUCCCGCGGUCGCUUCUAAUUAUUCGACAAAACAUAUCCUUCGUUUACAUGGCUAAUAUCAACUAA